AUGAACCUCAUCGGGGGCUACCAGCAUCACCACCACCUGAUGCACGAGCCCUUCCCGUUCGUCCAGCGGUGUCACCAGGAUGCACCGUACUUCCAGAGCUGGGUGGUGAACCACGGCGAGAUGCCCCCGGAGUUCCAGAUCCAGACCCCCUACCCGGCCGCGGAGCACGGAGCGCCCGGAACGACGCAUGACGCCCGGCUGGAAGGGCUCCAGGCUGGGAUGGGAAAGAGGAGAACGUCGGGGCCGAAGAAGGAGCGCCGGCGGACGGAGAGCAUCAACACAGCUUUCUCCGAGCUCAGGGAGUGCAUCCCAAACGUCCCGGCGGACACUAAACUGUCGAAAAUUAAAACUUUACGCCUGGCCACCAGUUACAUCGCCUACCUGAUGGACGUCCUGGCCAAAGACACCGGGGAGACCGAGGGCUUUAAGGCCGAAAUUAAGAAAUUUGAAAACCGGGAUCUAAAGAGGAAACGUGAUCAGCCUGACGGGCUGCAGGAGGCAUUAGGAGCCGAGAAGAAGGCGAAGGGCCGGACCGGGUGGCCGCAGCAGGUCUGGGCUCUGGAGCUCAACCAGUGA